AUGGACAAAGUCCAAGGACUCGCUUCCAAGAUCGGAGGUGGCAAGGGCCAAGAAAUCAUUGACAAGGGUAUUGGUGCCGUGGAGAAGAAGUUCAGCGGUGGUGACGGCGGUGGUGACCCCGCGAAGAAGCUUACUGAUACAGGCCGUGAGCAGUUGGAGAAGAAUGCAAAGGGCAUCCCCGACAAGUUCUCUCACUAA